UGAAUUUGACAUGAACAUUUCGUCAUAAAUAUCUGCUAUAUUUACUGGAAUAAAUUUUGUUUUAAUAAUAUUUUGGAAAUUGUAAUGUACACUGACGAAAAUUCAGAUCGUGAGAGUGAAUACGAGGAGAGGAGCCCCGACGAGAGUCCCAAUGUAACAAAAAAGUCCGUGUCCACUGUCGGUUUCAGAAACAAUCCCGAGAAUCAGAACGCUCGGCCGCUAGCUCUGCGUUCAACACAAUCCUUCACCGGGGCCAUCGAGGAAUUACGCUUUUCCAACAACUUCCAACGACUCAAUCUCUGCAACAGAACAAAUGGCUCAUCCCCGCAAAAACUGAGCGCAGGCUGCCCGUGUGGGUGUUACCUCCGACCGGCCGCCUUAGUGCCCUUCAGGACGAGGGAGCGAAACACUCUAGCAUUACACGUGGUCUCGCCGGAGGUGCUGAACUAUCACGGAUACAACUUUGAACCGAGCCAAAUCGCCAUGUUUUGGAAGAAAGACUGCAGAAUGUUUCUUUGGAAGGGCAAAAACAGAAAACAAGCAAUGUGAACAAAACGUGAUAUUUGUUUUUAAAUAAAAUAUAGAUAGUAUUAACAUAAA